CACAAAGUAAUGGGUGGAGGAGCGCUAUAAAAUGGGAUGUCAAGCCCCAGGCUACAUCAACAAACCUCUUUGGCACAGACACAUCUUUUCAUCUGAAGAACUUGACAGGUGCAGUUUGCAUAAUCGAACGCUGAGCAUCAAGGCUCUAGGGCUCGCCUCCCAUCCCAGGAGAACAAUACAAGACUGAGGGGGAGGCAGAAAUAACACGGAGUCAUGUCUGACUCUGAGACCAUUGAGACAGCCGCUCUGGGCCGACCAUUCCAACUGGGGAUGCUGUAUGACUGUCGCAGGGAUGUCCUCAUUCCAGGUAUCACACUCUGGGAUUCUGAAAUGCUACAGAACGACAUAAAUGUCUCUCCACAACCUAACACUGAUUUCAAAAUCAUUGCUUCCGACUCAAGUGAAGCCAAGUCAGAAGCUUUGAAUGUGUCUGCAUCUCUGGAGGCCAGUUUCCUUGGUGGUUUAGUCAGUGUGAAGGGUUCUGCUGAAUUCCUACAUGAUAAAAAGACCUCAAAGCAUCAGUCUAGGGUUUCUCUGCAGUACCGUACCACCACUCGCUUCGAGCAGCUGACCAUGGACCACCUGGGGGCAGGAAAUGUGAAACACUGUAAUGUCUUCCGAGAGGGUUCUGCCACACAUGUGGUGACUGCCAUUCUCUAUGGUGCACAAGCCUUCUUUGUUUUUGACCGUGAGGUUUCCUCAGGAGAAAACCACCAGGAUAUUCAGGGAAACCUGCAAGCCACAAUAAAGAAGAUUCCCCUCAUAACAAUAGAAGGGCAGGCAUCACUGAAGAUGAGCGAGGAAGAGAAGCAACAGGCCAAUACAUUCAGCUGCACUUUCCAUGGUGAUUUUGCACUAGAAAACAACCCUGUCACAUUUGAAGAUGCCACCAGGCUGUAUGCCGGCCUGCCACGUCUGUUAGGAGAAAAGGGAGAACAUGCUGUGCCCAUGACUGUCUGGCUCUAUCCUCUCAAGAACCUGGACUCUGCAGCGGCCCAGCUAGUCAGGCAGAUCAGUGUUAGCCUGGUGUGUCGCGCACAGCGAAUCUUAGACGGGCUGGACAACACUGAUGUACUAUUCCGGGACUUGAUGAUGGAAGGCAUGGCUAUCAAGUUCCCUGAAAUCAAAGCCAAGCUCAGCAAGUUCAGGGACUUGUGCUCAGAGUACAAGCUGGUUUUCCAGAAAGGCCUUUGCAAGGUUCUUCCCAACAUAAGAGGAGGAGGUAUGGAAGAAGAAGAGCUGAUAAAAAUGCUCAACAGUAAGGAACGCUCUCCAUUCCAGAAUGACCUUAUGAUCACGUACCUGGAUGACAGAGAGAGAGAGAUGAAUGUUGUCAGCUCUUACCUUGACAUAAUGAAAGAGGUACAAGUUGUGUACUCAAGUAGUGAAUUGGAUGGAAUAGUGCUUGAUCAAGCUAAAGAUCAUGUAGUGUGCUUUGCAUUCUCCUCUUUGAAGGACAAAGAUGAGUAUUUGGUAGACUUGGAGAACUACUUGCUGGAAGAAUCAAAGAGUGAUUCUUCAGUGAUACCAUACGACCCCAACGCAGUUGGGAAAUCAGCAGCAGAAAAGUGGUUUCGCUCGGGGGAGGUAACCACCCUAACCAGGCAAGUCAUACAACUGUUCCUAGACUUCAAAGAGUCAAACAAAGACAGAGAAAAUAUUGCAUUCUGCAUUGCAUCGAUUCCAAGCAAAUGCAUCACUGCGUCCUCCAUCCAUGUCUAUGAGAGAGGGACAUUGUUGAGUCCCCAGUUUGAACUGCCAUCAAAGCCAGGUGUCCCCACCAUCAAGAGUCUGGAGCAUGACUGUGUCCACGUGCAAAUCAUCCCUCCCCACCUUGGCAUCAAGUCUGUGGAGUCGUACCAGGUUUUGUACCAGGCUGUGCAGGCUGAAUCUGAGUGGACAGAGAUCAAAGCUGAUGCUACCACUAACCAGGUCACCAUCAGACGUUUGCAUCCCUAUAAAGACUAUCGCUUCAGCUGCAGGGCAGUGUGUAGACCUGGUGUGAGCCUCUCCAGUGACUGGACAGAAUACUUCAGGACCCGCCCAUGUAGCCCCCCUGGACCACCCACGGAGAAAAACCUGGAAUAUGAAAGUAUCAGAGUGAACUGGGACAUUCCUACCAUGGUGGGAGACUAUAUUGAAGUCAUAGGCUAUGAGACUGACUACAGAGAGUGUGCGAAGUCUGUUGACAAUAAGAUGUGGCACACCAUCAAAACCACCACCAGAGAGUGCACACUGGAAGGUCUAAAGCCUGAAACUGCUUACAGUGUCAGAGUCUCUGCUAACUGUGGCGAAGCAGGGAAGAGUCUACCCAGUCCUGAGGCAGUGCUGACUACCAUCAGGGCUUCUGACGCCCAACCGAAGAGGAGCCAAUCAACAGGAGCAAGAAGUGAGGAAUUUCUGAAGAAAUCAGAGAAGGUUAAGAAAGGCAACCCAUCAAUCUAUAGGCUGAAUCUGGAACAGAAGUUGGAUGCAAUGGAACAUUUUGAACAGUACACAUUUGGAGGGAAGGUUGAGAAAGGGAAUAACAAGGUAAUCCUGCUUCUGGGGUCCACGGGUGCAGGAAAAACCACUCUGGUCAAUGUCAUGAUCAACUACAUUCUCGGGGUGAAGUGGGAAGAUCACUACCGCUUUAAGCUCAUCCAUGAGGUGACCAACAGGUCACAGGCUGAGAGCCAGACUUCAAUCGUAACAUCAUACGAGCUCUACAACCAGCCAGGCUUUCAGAUUCCUUAUUCUCUGACCAUUAUUGACACACCAGGGUUCGGAGACACUAGAGGAAUGGCACAUGAUAAACUAAUCACACAGCAAGUUAAGGAAUUCUUGUGUAAUCCUUUAGGGAUUGAUCACAUUGAUGCAGUCUGCUUUGUAGUGCAGGCAUCCCUCGCUCGUCUCAGUGCCAAUCAGAAAUACAUAUUUGACUCCAUCCUGUCCAUUUUUGGAAAGGACAUUGCUGAUAACAUCCUGAUGCUUGUGACAUUUGCUGAUGGGAAGGACAUACCUGUGCUGGAGGCCAUCCAAGCUGCAGACCUUCCCUGUAAAAAAAAUAAUAAGGGAUUCCCAACCCAUUUCAAAUUCAACAAUUCAGUUCUGCUCUCUCAGAAAAUAGAAGAAGACAUAAGCUCUGAAGGAGAUGGUUCAGAGGAUGAUAAUGAGGAAGGACUAGAGAAGAUUGUCUGGAGGUCAACUUUUAAGCAGAUGAAAGCUUUCUUCAAAGCCUUGGAAAGCAAUGAGAGCAAAGAUCUAACAAUGACCAAGAAAGUGUUGGAAGAACGUGAGCGUUUGGAGAAGGCCAUGACACAAUUGACCCCUCAGAUCACAGCAGGUUUGUCAAAGCUGAAUGAGAUCAAAAUGUUCGAACAGUGCCUGCAGAACGAGGACGAGAACAUGAAACAGAACCAAGACUUUGAGACAGAGGUAGAGGUUCUAGUUGCGAAGAGGACCAAAUUAAGUUGUUUUGCUACAAACUGCAUUGUUUGCAAGUUCUCAUGCCACACCAGCUGCUUUCUGCCUAACGAGGAUGACACCAAAAAAUGUGCCGUGAUGGAUGGUGAUGGUAACUGUGUCAUGUGUCCAGGAAACUGCUCUUACCUUAACCACGACAAGGAAAAAGCCUUAUGGACAUAUGAAACUAAGACAGAGAAAAAGACCAUUAAAGAGUUGAAGGACAACUUCAUGAAGGCACAGGGCAAGUUUAUGAACAACAAGCAGAUGCUGGAGAAGAUUGAAGAUGAGUACAUUGUAAUCGAGGACAAGCUGAAAUACUUGAUCAAGCUGUCCUCCAAUUGUCUUAAGAGGCUGAAUGAGAUUGCACUGAAGCCAAGCUCUCUCUCCACUGUGGAGUACAUCGAGAUACUCAUUCGCACCGAAGAGGACCAACGCAAGCCAGGCUUCGAAGAUCGCAUCGUAGGGUUGAAGAAAAUGAAAUAUGAGUCUGAGCUUCUAGAGAAGAUGGCAAGAGGAGAGGAACUACUCCCCGAUGAGCGACGCAAGGUUAAGGAGAAACAAGACAGACUGCAGAAGAUCACAAAAAGACUCAACCAAUUGCAGAAAGCAGUCAGAGAUUGGCCAGGGAAGAAGUAGGCCGAACUCAAUGUCAAAGUCCAUGAUCUCACCCUGCUUCCGACUGGCACGCUCGGUGGCUUGAGCUAAUCAAGUGAAUGCAUCACAAUGCAGUUAAAUUUGUGUUAUUAAAUCAGAUAUAUCUCUAGACCCAGUCAAUUGUCAGCUUACUGGGGAUAAUUGCAAUGCUUUGUAUUAAAACGAGCAUCACGUAAACUCUCAGUUGACACAUUUUCAACAUUAAGUGAGUAAACUUGUGCGAGCCAGAACGGCCAACAGAACAGGAGCCUGCCUGAGGCAGUUUGAUGUACAAACACACCCCCUGGACAGCUAGUCUAUCACAUGUUCUACAGUAGUUCAUCUAAAUGAAGCAGCUGAACUUGCUACUGAUUGUUAAUGAUUAUCAUAAGAGAAAUGAAUGCAGAAAUAAAGCAGACAUUCAUAUAAAUAUAGAGACCUACUUUCCCCUCGGGAUGUAAUAAAGUAUCUAUCUAUCAAAAUGUA